AUGGGGUCGCUCGGCUUCCUCACGCCAUUCGAGUUUUUGCACGCCGAGUGCUCUGGCGGCUACGAAGGUCCCAACUACAAAGGUGUACCAUCCCUGGUGAUCUGCCUCAAGGUUAUGAGAGCUUGCUUUGUUCAGCAAGCUCUCAUAACCUUGAGGCAGAUCACCUGGAACGGCUCAAAUGUGAGUGAUUCAAUCUAUCGUUGCCAUCGCCUCUUGUGUACGAUUAUCCGAAAGCAAAUGUCGCUUGAACCUGCAAUCCCACCAGUUCACGCCCUAAACGAAGUCGUGGUGGUGGAUCGUGGGGUCGGUGCGGCUUUGGCCGAGCUCGUCUGCUUUUGCGAAGACAUCGAGUUGACCAAGAUCAGCGCCGAUGGAAUUAUCAUAGCUUACCUGACAGGUUCAAUCGCGUACUCGUUAUCGGCGGGAGGCAGUAUUGCCCAUCCAUAA